AUGCAAACAAUACGCGAAGACUCAAAUACAGACUAUGACAAACUCUUUCUAGGAUAUAGGUUACCUGAGAUGGGCGACCAGAGCCAAAAGGCAAAAAGGACAUGGGAAAUUUGCAACAUACUAGAUGAACAUAAUGCAAAGAUGCAACAACUUCAAGCAGAGGGCAAUGAAGGAAAAAGAAGAGUUAAAAACUCAGUCAGGAAGAAAGUAAAGCUUGGUCGGAGUGGGUUCUAUUAUGACAUAUAA